UCCAGUUCUUCACAGCUUUGGAGGAGCUAGCGGAUGCAGCAUUAUCUUCACGCGCUCGAGAAAUGAAUUGGGCUCGUCGAAAUUACAGCCCUUUUUCCUCCCGCCGCGCACCCUCCGCGCGCGCACGGCCACGGGCCACCGCACCGUGCUCGUUCGCCCCAGCGCGCGGGCAUGGCGCCGGUCGUGCACCGCGCGCGGCUCAAGUACGCGGCGGCGCCGCUGUCGCCGGCCUGCCUCCACGAGCUGCGCGUCCCGGGCGAGUUCGCGGCGCGGCUCGGAAGCGAGGAGGGAGCGACGGGGGGUGGUGACGGAGCGGCGGCGGUGGUGCUGCUGGUGAGCCCGCUCGGCAAGGUCUGGCGCGCGGGGCUGCGCCGCGCGGGCGGCGGCGGCGCGUGGCAGCUCGGCGUCGGCUGGGCGGGGUUCGCGGCCGCGCACGGCGUCGAGGCCGGGUGGAGCGUGGUGUUGAGGUCCGAGCGCCGCGGGGUCGCCACCGUCAGGGCGUUCGACGCGGCCGGCGCGGUUCUGCACGCCUCACGCAGGAGUGGCAGCAGGCAAGUACAGGCCCCGGUUCAUCAGGUUGCUUCACACUGACGACCUGGAAAAGAU